GAAUGGCUUCAAUCGGCGGCAAUGGCGACUCUGACUUCUGAAGGUUGUUGGUAGGUACAUUCAAUGGAGGAAUAGCUUCAAUCGGCGGCAAUGGCGACUCUGCAACCAACCAGCCUUCCGGCAACAACCCUUCUCCAUCCGGUUGGUGGAAGAAUGAGACGCACACCAGAAAGAAAAGUUGGAAGAAAAAUAGCUAAGAAGACUUUCUAUGCCCUACAAAAUCGACCCGAUCCCCUCUUCUCACUUCCGGCAAUCUCUUCCUAUUUCUUUCUCACUUACUCCACCCCCAACCUUGCAUCCCUUCUCCCAUGGAGGCCAGCUCCGGUCUGGUCGCCGGUUCUCACAACCGCAAUGAGCUCGUGCUGAUUCGAGGGCAUGAAGAGCGGAAGCAAAUUAGGGCGCUGAAUGGUCAAGUGUGUGAGAUUUGUGGGGAUGAAGUAGGGCUGACGGUGGAUGGAGAUCUGUUUGUAGCCUGUAAUGAGUGUGGAUUUCCGGUUUGUCGGCCGUGCUAUGAGUAUGAGCGGAGAGAGGGCAGCCAGCUCUGCCCUCAGUGCAAAACUAGGUACAAGCGUAUCAAGGGGAGCCCGAGAGUGGAGGGCGAUGAUGAAGAAGAAGAUAUAGAUGAUUUGGAUCAUGAAUUCAACAUAGAAGAUGAGCAAAACAAGAAACAAAUUCAACAUAUGUCGCCACCACCGGCAGCUAAGCUCACUGCAGAAGCUAUGCUCCAUGGAAAGAUGAGCUAUGGGAGAGGCCCUGAGGAUGGGGACAAUGAAACACCUCAGUUUCCUCCUAUCAUCACUGGCAACCGUUCUCGAACGGUCAGCGGUGAAUUCCCCAUAUCCAAUGGCCACAGUCAUGGAGAUUUCCCAUCAUCCUUACACAAGCGUGUUCAUCCAUAUCCUGUCUCAGAACCUGGGAGCGAAAGGUGGGAUGAGAAGAAAGAUGGAGGGUGGAGAGACAGAAUGGAUGAGUGGAAAUCGAAGCAAGGGUUUCUCGGAGGAGAUCCUGAAGAUAUUGAUCCGGACAUGCCAAUUGUGGAUGAGGCAAGGCAGCCUUUAUCGAGGAAGGUUCCGAUUGCUUCAAGCAAAAUCAAUCCUUAUAGAAUGGUGAUUGUGCUUCGUCUGGUCGUUCUCGCAUUUUUCCUCCGUUAUAGAAUUCUUCAUCCAGUUCAUGAUGCCUAUGGGCUUUGGCUCACUUCUGUCAUCUGUGAAAUCUGGUUUGCCAUCUCAUGGAUUCUCGAUCAGUUCCCUAAAUGGUUUCCGAUCGAUCGAGAGACUUAUUUGGACCGCCUCUCUCUAAGAUAUGAGAUGGAAGGGGAGCCCUCAAUGCUAUCUCCUGUCGACAUUUUUGUCAGCACUGUUGACCCAUUGAAAGAACCUCCUUUGGUCACCGCUAACACCGUGCUUUCAAUCCUAGCAGUGGACUAUCCAGUGGACAAGGUCUCAUGCUAUGUUUCAGACGAUGGUGCUUCCAUGCUCACGUUUGAAGCACUCUCAGAAGCCGCCGAGUUCGCUCGGAAGUGGGUUCCUUUCUGUAAGAAGUUCAAUAUCGAACCUCGGGCUCCUGAGAUGUAUUUCUAUCUCAAGGUUGAUUACCUCAAGGAUAAGGUGCAACCAAACUUCGUCAAGGAAAGGCGGGCCAUGAAGAGAGAAUAUGAAGAAUUUAAGAUAAGGAUAAAUGCAUUGGUUGCAAAAGCUACAAAGGUGCCUGCAGAAGGUUGGAUUAUGAAGGAUGGAACCCCAUGGCCUGGAAAUAACACCAGAGAUCACCCAGGCAUGAUUCAAGUUUUUCUUGGCCACAAUGGCGGCCAUGACGAAGAUGGCAAUGAACUUCCUCGUCUUGUUUAUGUCUCAAGGGAGAAAAGACCAGGUUUCCAGCAUCAUAAGAAGGCCGGUGCAAUGAAUGCUCUGAUUCGUGUGUCAGCAGUGCUUACAAAUGCACCAUUUAUGCUCAACUUGGACUGUGAUCACUAUAUCAACAAUAGCAAGGCUAUAAGGGAGUCCAUGUGUUUCUUAAUGGAUCCUCAGGUUGGAAGGAAAGUGUGUUAUGUUCAGUUCCCCCAAAGAUUUGAUGGCAUCGAUAAGAAUGAUCGAUAUGCAAACAGGAACACCGUCUUCUUCGACAUCAAUAUGAAAGGAUUAGAUGGAAUCCAAGGUCCAGUUUAUGUGGGAACUGGUUGUGUCUUUCGCCGUCAAGCUCUCUAUGGCUACAACCCACCCAGAGGACCGAAAAGGCCAAAAAUGGUGAGCUGCGAUUGCUGCCCGUGUUUCGGCAAGCGGAAGAAGAAAAUGUACAACAAGAAUGGCAGUGAGCUUCCAUCAGAGGGAGGAGUUGAUGAAGACAAGCAGAUGCUGAUGUCUCAGAUGAAUUUUGAGAAGAGAUUUGGACAAUCUGCAGCCUUUGUGACGUCCACUUUAAUGGAGCAAGGUGGAGUUCCCCCUUCUUCAAGCCCUGAAGCUCUUCUCAAAGAGGCCAUUCAUGUCAUCAGCUGUGGUUAUGAAGAUAAGACAGAAUGGGGAUCAGAGCUGGGAUGGAUCUAUGGCUCAAUCACAGAGGAUAUCUUGACCGGAUUCAAGAUGCACUGCCGCGGAUGGAGAUCCGUAUACUGCAUGCCCCACAGGCCGGCGUUCAAGGGAUCUGCCCCCAUCAAUCUCUCCGACCGGCUCAACCAGGUUCUCCGGUGGGCUCUCGGUUCGGUUGAGAUCUUCUUCAGCCGGCACAGCCCGGUCUGGUAUGGCUACAGGAACGGCCACCUCAAAUGGCUUGAACGCUUCUCGUAUAUAAACACCACCAUCUACCCCUUCACCGCUCUCCCUCUGCUUGCUUACUGCACCCUUCCUGCUGUCUGCCUUCUCACCGGAAAAUUCAUCAUGCCAUCCAUAAGCACAUUUGCAAGCCUCUUCUUCAUUGCCCUCUUCAUCUCCAUCUUCGCGACGGGGAUCCUCGAACUGCGGUGGAGCGGAGUGAGCAUCGAAGAGUGGUGGAGAAACGAGCAGUUCUGGGUCAUCGGCGGCGUCUCCGCCCACCUCUUCGCAGUCGUGCAAGGCCUGCUGAAAAUCCUCGCCGGAAUCGACACCAACUUCACUGUCACUUCCAAGGCCUCCGAUGAUGAGGAGUUCAGCGAGCUCUACGCAUUCAAAUGGACCACUCUGCUCAUCCCUCCCACCACCAUUUUGAUCGUAAACAUUGUCGGAGUUGUGGCUGGAAUAUCAGAUGCCAUAAACAAUGGGUAUGAUUCAUGGGGACCGCUUUUUGGGAAGCUCUUCUUCUCCUUUUGGGUGAUCGUUCAUCUCUAUCCGUUCCUGAAGGGGUUGAUGGGGCGGCAGAAUCGGACUCCGACGAUCGUCGUGAUCUGGUCGGUUCUCUUGGCUUCCAUCUUCUCAUUGCUGUGGGUGAGGAUAGAUCCAUUUGUGGUGAGAGCUGUAGGACCAGAUGUGAGGCAAUGUGGGAUCAAUUGCUGAAACUUACAGGUGAUGCUGAUACUCUACACAGAUUGUUGUGUUUUGACAUUUUGUGAAAGUUUUGGUUGUAUUCUAUAUUAUGAGAGUUUCAUACAUGUGAUUAAUGGUGAGAGUGAAGUUUUCAUUUUGUUGUGGUUUAUACUGGAGAUGAAAUGUGUCAUAUGGAAGUUUUAAUGGACAAUUGAAAAAAAUAUUGUUGAAUUGAUACGCCAACAAUAAUGGUGGAAUGAACUUGUUGUCUG